AUGGACGAUAGACGGAAUGCACGACUUGCACAGCUUGCAGCCCAGAAUAAGAUGCCUCGCGUCAGUGUGAUUGGCGCUGGCAUCUCCGGGCUUCGGAGUGCUCAAGUCCUGCUCCAAAAGGGCUUCCAAGUGACAGUUCUUGAGGCAAGGGAUAGAAUUGGAGGCCGAGUCCACCAAGAAAAGCUAAACGGCCACAGUGUCGACAUGGGCGCAAACUGGAUCCAUGGCAUGAAUAACAACCCCAUGGCGCGACUUGCUGCUCAAACAGAUACAGUCGUAUGUAAGGAUGACCCCUUGAGCGUCGUCUUCGACACCUACGGACGCCCAAUACCAGGUGAUGUGGCAGAAAAAUGCGAGGAAUUCGUCAAAGCAUUACUGGACCAAGCUGAAGAGUACAGCCAUCGAAACCAAGCCGAGAUUAACCCCAGCAGGACUGUUCGAGACUUCAUGCUAGAGGAAAUCGCAAAGUCUAAAUUGUCCGCUGAGUUCAGGGUCAUCUGCGAGCAAAUGUUGCGUGGAUACGAUAGCUUUUUUGCCGAUCCUCUAGAGUCACAGAGCCUUAAGUUCCUGCAUCUUCAGGAUGGCCACACCGGGGAAGAUGUUUUUGUGGCUUCUACAUACAAGGCUAUCGUCCAGAGUCUCGCCCUGGAAGCUUCCGAGGCAAUUCAGUUGAACCAGGAGGUCGUCAAGAUCACGACAUCGCCUAGGGCAGACGACGCUGGGGCUGUUACCAUCGAGACGAAAGCCGGGCUGGUUGAAUCCUUUGACGAAGUGGUCAUGACCUGCCCCAUCGGCUGGCUGCAGCGGAACAAGGGUGUAUUCAACCCCCGGCUGCCCCCUCAGAUGGAGAAGGCCGUCGACGCCAUUGGAUAUGGAGGCCUGGAGAAGAUUCUGGUUAGUUUCCCAACUCCUUUUUGGGAUCCACCCGAGCGAAAGGGCAUGAGUCCUCCAGCCUUUUGCCAGUGGGACUUUUUGAGUCCUCGGAGCCACCCGUACACGCCUGAAUUGGGUUCCUGGAGUCAGAUGGUCAUCAGCCUUUCGAGUUUGCCAGGCGGAAAUGGGCAUCCUACACUACUCUUCUAUAUCUGCCCGCCGCUCACACACAAGCUUAUGCCCAUUCUAAAAGGCAUGGAACCUCAUUCGGAGCCUUACAAUAAGGUCCUUCGGGAAAUUACAGAGCCAUUCUAUGCUUUACUCCCUCACUAUAAUGCGGAUACCUGCCGGCCCGCAUCAUUCCUAGCCUCUCAGUGGUUCAACGAUCCUUUUGCAUAUGGGAGCUAUUCAAAUGUACGAGUUACGCAGAACAACGCGGCGGAAGACUUUAGAAUGCUGAGGACAGGUGGAGGAAAAGGAAAAUUGGGGCACAAUCUCAUGGGCCAUGACCGCGGCAUAUGGUUUGCUGGAGAGCAUACCAAUGCUCCAAGGGCCAUAGGUACAACAACGGGAGCUUGGGCGAGUGGAGACAGAGCGGCUAGGCAUAUCCUUCUGGCAUACGGGAUGAAGCCUUGA